AUGUUCCACUGCGAAUGGAGGCAUCCUAACAAAAAGGCCAAACUGGUGUCCAUCUAUGUCAUAAAAAACGCGAAAGAUUCUCGACUCAAGCUUCGAUUUCACGGAACACAGCGUGCCUGCAAGAUCGGGAGUGGCUCUCUACAACCCUGCGACAAGAGCGAAUGCUAUCUCUGUGGCAUCCUCAAUAAUGGCUUUUCGCUCUCCCAGGCCAAUACUAAAGGGAUGUUCGGGCCUGGGAUCUACAGCAGUGUCGUGUCCUCCAAAGCCGACGUCUAUGCCAACAACCAUCAUAUUCAUUGCAACAGACAUGUCAUCAUCCUCUGCGGUGUUGAUCCUGGCAAUUCUAUCGACAUGAAAGCCGCGGGAUUCCCAGGCCCGUGUGACUCAGUCGAGGGACUCACGAAAGCUGAUGGAGGCUCACUUGAAUACCAGGAAACUGUUGUCUAUGAUCCUGCAAGGAUCAAACCGAUCGGGCUUGUUCCGCCCGAAGAAUACGAGUUGCCUCCUUCGCCUCUUGAAAAUGACGCCUUGAUGCAAGACGACAGUUCCAUGACCUCCGACACUGAACCUCUUGCUGAAGCUGCAGACGUGCCUCGCUACGACGCCGAGCGCAGCGAUGCGCCGAAUAGUGAUACCUACACAACGCGCCAGGAGAUUCCCCAGAAUCUCCCUCCGCCAGCUUCAGGAGAGAUAAUCGUGGAUCUGAGUCUGCUGGACAGGCAUACUCCCUUUUCAAAAAAAGUUGAACGCCUUUUUCACGAAUCAUGGGUUGAUCAGACCAAGACCGCCUGCGUUGAAAGGAUAAUCCUCUUCGAUAUCAAGUCUUUUCCAUCUCUCGCUGACGGGCAACCGCCAAGUACGUUCAAAACCGCUAGUCGUGAUAUCGAACUGCUCUCCUUUCUAAUAGAUUUGCCACUCUGCUUCCAUGGUGCUCAUCGGGCCUGCUAUAUCGGAGAUCCCGGAUACCCCUUGGACCUUUGUCGCAAUGUCAACUGCGCCAUCUGUUCGGUCUUCCAAGCGCAGUACGUGACCAUAGAAGCAGGUAUAAGAUUUGAAUCGGGUCCGAAAAUACCGGCGACCCCGAGCUCAUCCCAAGCUGAUACCUCCGCAAAAAAUCAUCAUAUCUACACGCCUCAACACGCAAUGAUCCUCUGCGCGUGUCCAGAUAUUGCCCAGUUAGACACCCAAGCCAUGUCUUCAGACGCUCCUCCUCCGUAUACACCGUCUCCUGUCUCCUACAAUCCAAUUGUUGUUCCGAUCGGACUGAUCAUGUAUACUCGGGCAGGAUGGCAUCCUUAG